AUGUCUGUCGCCUCCCUGCAUCGUGAGACUGCCUUCCAGGCACGAUCCUUGUUCCGCUCCCUUCUGCGUUAUUCCGGGCAGUUUUCCAACUACAACUUCCGCGAAUACGCUCGCCGGAAGACAAGGGAUUCAUUCCGCGAGCACCAAAACGCCACAGAGGAACGCCGGGUACAGGAACUGAUCCAAGAGGGACUUCAAAACUUGCGCUUGUUGAAGAGACAAACGGUCAUCAGCCAAUUCUACCAGUUGGAUAAGUUGGUGGUGGAAGGCCAGAAGACAGGAAAGGAAACCGGGAACCAUGGAGGCAUUGUUCGCCAGAAGGACACUGGACUUGUAGCAUCGCAACGCGCGACGGAGUUGCACUACUCCGCUACCACCUACUCCACCACAUUCCGCCACAGAAUCCUCCCCGCGAGGUCCCCGCAAGGUCAUCACAAGCUUCCUGAUCGGGCGCACUUGUCUUUGAAUUGGUACAGGGGCGUCUGCCAACCAUGCCUUCUACGAGCCUCGCGCUCAGGGCGACACCUCGACGGUGCCCCAAACCGUACCCGCACCGGCCAAAUCGAUCAUGAUGUCUUUGAGGGAUUGCCAGUGCGUCGCUGGUCCCGACAACAGCACACCUUCUCUCAAGCGCCCAAGCCUGUUGACUCGGAAUUUGGCGUUCAAGGUCCAGGCGGAGGACCAACGCUACCAGAGCUCCCCAUGCCAAGAGACAGCCAGCUCUUGCCGCCCAUCAGUCGCGCACUCCUUCGAGCAGCCCGGGCUGGAUGUAUCCAUAUCCGGCAAGGCAGUCGGCCAGCUGAUGAUGAGGAGAAAAGCGUGGUAGAUGCGGAAGACUCAGCCUCGGCAUCUCACAUGGCGGAUCGGAGCUUCACAACUCGCAAAUGGAUGACGCUUCCCAAGCAUCUCGAGCCUGCGGAGGUGGAGUUUCUGGCGAAGAGGCGACCUGGUCUUUCAUCCCUUUAUGGCGCCACUGCUGGUACAGAUGGAAGCUCUUCUGGGCCCAUGAGGAGGACGAAAUUCAAGAAAGUUGAUCCUGAAACAGGAAACAUCUCUAUCUACGAGGCGUGGGUACCUGAGGGGCAUCGCAUCGAAGGGGAGAUUACCGGCGACUUACAGACGAUUGCUGAGCAGAGCCAAGUGCCUGUGAAGCCCGAGGCGCCUGCGCCUGGAACAGUCGUCGAGGGGGUCGGCAUUGUCAAUGCUGAGGGUGUUGUUGUUGCAGAGGCUGGAUCAGCAGCUGUAAUGACACCCCCAAAGCGGCGUCCACCUCCACCUAAACGCAAGGGCAAAGGCAUUGGAAAGGGCCGGAAGAAGAAGGUCAUGUUUGCCCCUGGCGAAGGAGCGGAUGCCGCCACAGUACAUGGAGUUGGUCCUGCUACUGGCAAUGGGGAGGGCGGCAUCAAGAGAGAAGGCCAGCAGGAUGCUUCACAGAUGUCCAUGGACCAGGCUGGUCAAGAUGAAGACGACGAAGACGGCGACGAGGGCGACGAGAGCGACGACGGUGACGAUUCCAUGAUGGAUGCGAAGACUCCUGAUACCCCCCAGCCUCUGUCUGGCACAGAGUUCGUGGACCAGCCUUCGUUCGAAACUCCUGCCUCGCAGUCAAUUGAUGUCGAGAUGUCAGAUGCCAUUCCUGAAACCCAGAAUCCUGCCCCCGAGGUUUCUUCAUCAAGUGAAAAGGAGAACCAAAACCAGCCGAUCGAGUCAGCGGCAUCCCAGCCUGAAAAAACCUCAGAGGUUGAUUCCGCCGCCUUAGCUUCCAAUGUUCCUUCACCGGAGAAGGCUGGGAUUACUGAUUCCAAUGAGAAGCAUGUCAUUUCGGAGUAUGACAAGACCCCCACUUCUCCUGCUAGAACUGCCGCAACGACAAGUGAAUCUACCGAGUUUUCAGUUGCAGUUGACGAAGCUCAAAGCUUGGAUACCAGAGUGCAAGGGCAAGAGGAAGCCGUAAAGCCGACGGCUGACCUUGUACCAAAGAAAGAACCUGCUUUGCCAAGCCAGCAGGAAAACGCGGUUGCUCUGCCACCUGUCAGCCCCGCGAAAUCCUCAGAAACCCCAGUAGCACGGCCUCCGGCCCAAUUGCAGACACUUGAGUAUUCAGAACCCGAGCAGCCCACAGUAUCGAUCGAUGCCUUGGCAGAGACUCGGGAAUCUCAACAGAUUCCAAAUGAGUCCAUUUCCCAUCCCGACACACAAGAGAAGCCCUCGAUAGCCAUUGAGCACGAACAAUUAAACUCCUUCAAUACUUCCGCGUCCGGUCUACUCGCAGAAGAAGCAAAAGAUUUCGAGAUGGGAGAUGCUCCUGCACCGGAACAAAGCCAAUGGCUAGAUGGCCAGCCUCCCGCGAACCCAGACUUGGCUGAAGCACCACCAACCGCAGAAAAUCCACAGCCCAAGCCCACUCCAGCGGUGUCCAUUACAGCUACUACCGCAGACGAAAGGACAGAAGCAACAAGCAAAACAAGUGUCCCUGAUCAAAGUCUCACCAGCGAAGUAGAGCUGCACGAAGAGUCUCGGUCUAGGGAAGCCAAUGACGAACUUGAGCAGCACCCAGAUCCGACCCCACAGGCUGGCUCGUCUGAGUCUACGUGA